AUGUAUUCGCCAGAUGCUGCAGCUGCAACAACGACAACCUUUGGCCCAGCAGUGACGGUGAGGAUGGUUGAGAUGAGUGAUCGGCACGCCCCGAGCCCUCCAAGGCACUUUGCCGACUGCAACGAGCCGGGCAAGAUCAUGUACAUCCAGCAGCCAAAGGGGCUCUACUCGGCCUGCUGGGGCGGACUGAUGUCGACGCGGGCCAAGCACAUGGGCGCCGAAGGCGUCAUUAUCGACGGCCGAAUGCGCGAUGUCAGAGAACACCGCGAGAUGGGGUUCCCGGUCUUUGCCCGGGACACGUCCAUACUGGGUUCCAACACCUUUACAAGAGCGUCCGAAGUCAACAUCCCUUUGCAGUUUUGUGGGGACUUGUGGAUUCAUCCCGGCGACAUCCUCGCGGGUGACUGUGACGGAGUUGUCGUUGUGCCUCCUUCGUUGAUAGACCAAGUCGUCGCCCUGUGCCAGGAACGGGCGGAGAUCGACGAGAAGACCUUUGCGGCCCUACGAGCGGGAGAGGAAAUGGGUCCAACCAUCAAACGGCUUAGAAAAGAGUGA